AUGAAGCUCCUCCGACGCAGUGUGAGCCUGAAAGAUCAGCGCUUUGAAGUUGCGCUCUUACCAGAAAACAGCGAGGACCUCUGGCACGCCUAUAACCUCAUCGACAAAGGCGACUUGGUGCGAACAACCACCUGGCGAAAAGUCGCUCUCGCGGGGGCGACUGAGCAACGCGCCAGUGCUCGGCACACGGAACGCGUACGACUCGUGCUGACGAUCCGGGUACAACGAAUUGACUAUGACACGGAGGCACCUUCCCUCCGGAUCCAGGGCAAGAACGUGUCCGAAAACGAGUAUGUGAAGCGAGAGCAGCACCACACGCUCGAGAUAACGACCGGGCUUCGGUUCGAUCUCAUCAAGUCGCAGUUCGACCGCGUCCACCUACGAACCUUGGAAACCGCCUGUGAUCCCAGCAAGUCCGCGGACAUCGCGAUCUGCGUCAUGGAGGAAGGACUCGCGCACCUCUGUCUCGUAAGCGGCACUGCAACGCUGCUUCGAGCGCGGAUCCAGCAGCACGUUCCCAGCAAGUUGCAGCGCGCCGCAACCGCUUUCGGCGUGCGAGAUAAAGCGCUGGAACGCUUUUUCGAGGCAGUAAUGCGAGCACUGCUCCAGCAGGUAAACUUAGAACAAGUGCGUUGCGUCGUCAUCGCUUCACCGGGUUACGUGCGGGAGCAGUUCCUGCAGUACCUGUUUGCCGAGGCCGCUCGACGGGACCUGCGGUCUAUUCUGGAACACAAGCGACAGUUCAUCGCUGUGGCGGCAGGCAGUGGUCGCAUGCAGGCCGUUCAUGAAGUGCUCGCCUCGCCCGAGACCAUGACCCUGAUCAAUGACACCAAGGCUGCUGUGAACCAGCGUUUGCUACAGACCUUUUACGAGCAGAUACAUCAGGAUUCAGAUCGUGCGCUUUAUGGCCCGGACCAGGUAGAGAGAGCCGCACAAAUGGGUGCAGUCGAGCACCUCCUAAUCACGGACGCCUUGUUCCGCCAUCGAGAGGUGUCAGAAAGGAAGCGCUUCGUUGCCCUGGUCGAUCAGGUGGAGUCGGCCCGAGGCCAGGUGCAUCUCUUCAGUAGCGCACACGCGACUGGCCAGCAGUUGGCGGAUAUCGGCGGCAUUGCCGCGCUUUUGCGCUUUCCCUGGAUCGAUACCGAUGAUGAUGCACAGGACACUGACACCAGCGAUAUCGAGACUCGGUGCAAUGCCGAGUCCACAGCAACAUCGUGGUGA